GAUUCAUACAUACAUACAGAAUUCUGUAUCUAUAUAUCCACCGCCGCCAUGCCUCACCCCAACGAGUACUUCAACGUCCCCUUCCGCCGCCUCGCCGUCGGCAACCAGGAUGAGUUCCGGCAGCCCAACGCCAUUAAAUCCGCCCUGGCCGAGUUCAUAAGCACCCUCAUCUUCGUCUUCGCCGGCUCCGGCUCCAGCAUCGCCUUCAACAAGAUCACCCACAAUGGCGCCACCUCCCCCUCCGGCCUCAUCGCCGCCGCCCUCGCCUACGGCCUCGCGCUCUUCGUCGCCGUCGCCAUUUCCGCCAACAUCUCCGGCGGCCACGUCAACCCCGCCGUCACCUUCGGCCUCUUCAUCGGCGGCAACAUCACUCUCUUCCGCGGCCUCCUCUACAUCAUCGCUCAGCUCCUCGGCGCCACCGUCGCCUGCCUCCUCCUCUCCUUCGUCACCGGACUCUCAGCUCCGGCGCUGACCGUCUCCGGCGAGUCGGUGUGGGCCGCCUUAGUGUUCGAGAUCGUGAUGACAUUCGCGCUAGUCUACACAGUGUACUCCACCGCCGUCGACCCGAAGAAAGGCGAGAUCGGAAUCAUCGCGCCGCUGGCCAUCGGACUUAUCGUGGCGGCGAACAUCCUCGCCGGAGGGCCGUUCACCGGCGCGUCGAUGAACCCGGCAGUGGCGUUCGGGCCUGCCCUGGUGUCAUUCAACUGGACGGACCACUGGGUUUACUGGGCUGGGCCGUUGAUCGGCGCCGGGCUCGCCGGCGUCGUCUACGAGGUCUUCUUCAUCUCCAGCGCACCUGAACCGGUCUCGGAAUACUAGACCGGACCGGGAGUUUGAACCGCCGGAUUUUAAUCGCUUUGUAUUUGUACGGUCUGGAUUUGUUGAUGAGUAUUUGCACCUUUCUGUGGUUUUCAUUGGUCCAUGUCAAAUUAGUGUCUUAUUUUUCUUGCUAUGUAUUUGCUUGUGUUACAUUUUCUAGCUUCAAUAAUUUGCAUUGAUUCUUGCCCA